UCAUUGUAUUUGACUUUUUGUUCCACAAUGCACAGAUUUUUCAGUUCCCUGCUAACUGCUAAGCUGUAUUUCUAGGAAACUUGACUUUUGAGAAAACUAAAUAACUAAAUUAUUGUCCGUGAAUUAAAUUAUCAAUCCGAAUUGAAUCCUGCGAUUUCAAAAUGGAUCUUAAUAGAUUGUCUAACGAUAAAAAAUUACAGCUAUGCAAGUGGUAUUUCAAAGUGGGGUGUAUACUGCUCCCAUUUGUAUGGGCAGUCAAUUUGGUGUGGUUUUUUAAAGAAGCAUUUGUAAAGCCACCGUUUGAAGAACAGAAGCAAAUAAAGAAAUAUGUGAUACUGAGUGGUGCGGGCACGCUGGUGUGGGCUACACUGCUAGUGGCGUGGGCCACAGCAUUCCAGCUGCAGCGGGUGUCAUGGGGGGCCACAGGAGAUGCACUGUCUUUCAUUGUGCCGCUAGGACGUGCAUAGAUUACAAUGUGAUUGUGAUGUGUCAAUUUAUUCUAAUAAUACAUAAAUGUAUGUGCAGCACUAUGUGUGAUGAAGUGAAAUCCUUAAUAUUAUCAAUUGUUAAGCUAAAAAAAUAUUAAUAAUGCGCUGUAACUCAGCCAUUCACAUGUCGUGUACACUAUCUAUCACUUUGCGUAAGUGUACAUGUCACUCUUUUCCACUCCAUUCCCAUGGAGUAAAGUUUGUAUUUUUAACAAACUACUACAUUAUUAUCAGUGGCGCUAUGCAGACUAAAUUUACACAUGUACAAUGUAAAGAUCUGACAUACUGACAUUUGCUCUGCUAUGACACAGCAUUGCAUGUCAUCUGCCACUGACGGGUAAUAAAACAUACAUUGUUUAUUUGUGAAUGAAUUCCAGCUUUAAAUCAUAUAGGGUUCAUUUCACUGUAGUUGUACUAUGACUGUUUUUCACCAUUUUCUGCUGUGACUCCUGGCUCUGUUCCAUUAAUCUAUAUUCUCCCAAUUAUAAAUAUACCAUAAUUGUAACUUUCAAUUAUGGUAUACCUUAAUUGGGAAAUUUUACCAAAUUCUUAUUGCAAAACUGGUGCAAGAUGUGCACUCUACUUCUAAAUUCUCCCUGUACCUGACCUUUUCAAUAAUUAUGCUAACCAGUGGCCUAUAUAACUAGGUUAGGCGAUUUAGAAUUUUUAAACAAGGAAACACACAUAAUACCUGAGACGUGUGGCGAGCAAAGGCAUCGAAUCGGUCAAUCGUGAAGCAAAACAAAUCUUUAUAAAAAGUAUGUUCGAUUACUUAUUGCGACGUCUAGCGUGGGUCCGCUUUCCGGGGACCCCGCUCCAAGGUCCAAGACAUCCUCGUACUAAUUAUUAAAAAUGUAAAUACUUGAAUGAAGUAAGUUGAAUAAAACAAAAUACCUUAAUA